UGGCGCGCUACUUACAUAAAAUGCGUACGCUUGUUUCAACCCAAAAAUGUAUGUACGUUGGGGAAGCGAUGGGGCCGGACUGUUGCAAAGUGCACAACCCAUUAUCACCAGCACCGUCAUCAGAUCAGGUGCAGUGCGGUAUGCAGACGGUCAUGGUCUUCACGAGUCAAAUCGUCGGUCGUUCGGCUGACUCUUCGCGGCGCCCGGCGAUUGCCGCACUCAUAGACGGUAGUGUAUACACACCGAUGCGAGUAACUCUUAGCCAGCGGCAUACAUCUACCGACCAGAGAAGGCGACCGCAGACUCAGGCCAAUGCCAGUAGGCCCAGAUUCUCCUCUCAAAAACUGCAAUAGUCGUAACGACGGUGGUAGUCGAAGUACACCGUUCGGCUUAGCGGCGGUGGCAGUAGUAGCGACAACGAAAGUCGCUGAUCGACCCGCCUUGUUUCUUUCCGUUGCGCAGCGUUGUUUUCAGAUAGGUAUUUACCAGUGAAACUGGUCUAUUGGCUGAUGUGUCAAUCUGCUCUAUAGCACACAGCCACUACUGCGUCUGUUGGUUAGUGGGUUUGUCGAUCUUGUCGGCGAAGUUGGUAAAAUCGCUGCCCCACCUGUCUAUGCGGCUGCUUUCUGGAGUCAUAGGGCAUAACGUAAUGCGCUGGUGUCACCUGUGUGUUCCGUUGAUUGCUGAUCGUCCGUCUAUUCGUUCGGUUCGUCCGCGCCUGUCUGUUGUGUUUUUCGGCACAGCCGUUGCCGCUUCCAUCACCAUCGUCGCUACUAGCGCUGCUUGUGGCUGGGCCGAUGCCGUAAGACGUAGAAUACUUACUGCGACCCCGUUUGGAGCCCGAAACGUGCGUGUCCGACGCUCCUGGCGUAUUGCACUGCAUCCCGCCUCCUUGCCUCUCGUUUCUCCAGUCAUCCGGCGGCCAGUGUUUAGCGCGCGAUAGUGCAGACUACUACCACCGUUGACGUCGCGCUCUCGCUGGGCCCGGAAGGUCUGAAGCCACGACCGAACACCGACCGGCAAGCUGAAGAGGUUAAGCAAGCUGUUCAAGCUGGGCGGCGGUCAGGAAGCACCUGCUCCUCCGCCGCCCCAGCAAGGAGGUUUUUCGCAAUUGCCCUCAUCGCAGUCACUCUCAGAAACCGCUGAUUCUUCUCUGGGCUCGCAGUAUUCGUUGGACUCGCUGGACGGGCGUAACAUCAGCUCACUAUCUGACGCACCGCCAUCUUCCGGAGCCCUUCUCAGGCGAGCGGCUUCUAUAAGGACCUUAAAUCUGAUGGAUGGUUCCAUGUAUUCAUGUGCGGGCGAACAGCUCUCCGAUCAUAUAUUUGCUGAACAUGAACCAACUCUAAAGAAGUCUGAAGAUCUCUCUAGCCUAUUCGAGGCGGAUGUGCUUCCAGAAGAAGAGAUACACGUGGCUCAGCCGAACGACGACAACACAAUAAGCGCUAAGACGUUAGCUGGCCAGAUCCGUGAAAAUGAAGCUGGAUUACCUCGUCAGGUGAAACAUAGCACCCAGAUAUCGUUAAACGCCGAGGUGCACAAUAACGCCAACGUGGUUGAUGUUGGCAAAGACGGCGUGAGGAAGCAAUGCGCCGUUGUAGUACCAAGUCUGUUCGCUGAUGGUGCUAACGGCAUAUUAACAAGCGAGGGUGAAAAAAAAUGCAAAAAUACAGCAGGUCCAAAGGGAUCAUCUGUCCAAGUAAGAACACAAACUGUCGAAGAAAAGUCACUGGCGGGAAAGGGCCAAAAGCAGCUCGAAGCAGCCGAAACGGCCAUUGCUGUAGAGGCUAAGUUAAUAUGCGAACACGCCAAUAGAAAGAUGCCUGCAGCGCGUUCAAUGGCGGCACUCACUUCUCAGUCGCCUGGUGUUGUAGUCGCUCUGGACAUCCCAGAGCAAGCGAGUCGCGUUGUAACAAUUUCCGAUGAAAACGGAGAGCAGGUCGCUUCAAUUAGCCAAACGGUGAUGUCAUCUAAUGCUGUAGAGAUCGUGGAAGACCACAAACCAGAGGCACCGCCAACAGCAGUGACAGUGACCAGUGAAGCUUUCAAAACUACGAUUGAUGAUGCGGAAAAGCUAUUUAUUGAUUGUAAUGAUCAACGUGCACUCUGCCUUAGCGACCUUCCAGAGAAGCAAAAAAAAAACAAAAGAGGCAAUCGUCGCGGAAAAAAUCGUACGAAAGGUCGUGAUAAGAGUGACCAGGAUGAUAGAGCCAGUCCUACCAGUUCGAUGAUGAGAGAGACCCGUAAUAACGUCAAUGAACAAGCUAAAAUUCGGAGCGAAGCAAACGAAGCUCCAAAGGAGGCGUGUUGUGACGACGAUCUGCUCCUUGGGGCAUUUCAAACAUCUGUGACUCAAAUGCCCUUACAAUUGCCACUUAUCAACCCGACAUCGAAUAAUCUAAUGGAGAACGCUAUCUUAGCAGACACUGUCCCUACGGAUCUAACAACGGUCGAUGAAUCAAAGUCAGUCAGUUACAUAGCUCUAAAACAAAGUACGCCGUUUCCGAUAGAAAUAGAGCGGCCGCCAUCCCUUGACGGUUCGAACUCCAUUUCUAAGGAGCAGCUGCAGACUGUUGAAUAUAGUGAAAGCGAUGAAUAUCCUUUGAAGCUCCAGCAAAUAACAGUAGAGUCAAACAAUAAUGAAAACGCAAUCCGAACGAAGGAACCAUCGAUGAUUGAUUUGGGUAGUAUCAGUAACGAUAUCAUUAGUCCAAACGAUACCAUAGAUAACGAUAUUGUUACAAGAAAGGCUGCUGAUACAGGCAGUGGUGCGAUAGUAGCCCCUAUAGCGAUGAGUAACGUUCCUGUGAGCUCGACAGAUGUUACUGGUUUUCUAGAGUACGCUGGAAUUUCGCCGGAAGGUUUGCAGGCUGACUCAUCGUAUCUCGAGUCACUGGCCAAUAAUGCCAACGAGCACGAUCAAAUGGGCAUUGUUGAGACGAUCAACAGCUCUGUGACUCAUUGUUGUAAUAACGCUGAAAUAAUUAAUUUCAAAGCUAUCGACACUAACAAUGUAUCCACUCUAAACCCGGAUAAAAGCAACCAAAGGAUUCUUGAUGGGCAAGAGAUUUCCACACCGAACAACGAAUUGACAAACCCGGCAAUUAAUGAAAUUUUCUCCUCGGAUACGACAUACAAAGUUCUAGAAGAUACUGCGAGUCUACUCCAAAAGGAAUACGGUGAAAUGGUUAGGGCAGAUAAAGAACCUGAAAGUGGUUUGCCAUGUAACUUAGGACAGAGCAGUGAUCUAAACAAUGUUGGACAGAAGGCUUGCGCCGACACAUGUGAUCAAGCGAGCCUAUUAGGUUGUCAAAAAUUAUCUAUGAAUCUAGUUCCACAUACAGAUACUAGUACAGCGUCUGUGACCACGAUAAAUGAAAUCGCAAUGCGUUUAGAGGACGAUAGACAGAAGGAAAAACAAAGUGGUGUAAGAGCAUCUGUCAAGGAAUUUCUUACUUUGGGACUUCACGAAAAUUCUGACAAUAAUAAGAGUCUCUACCAGGAUACAGCAGAUGCCCGUGAGCAAGCCAAAGGGAGCAAUAUCGAACACCAGAUAACAGCAAAAUCAUGUGAAAGUAUAAAACCAAUCGAACAGCGGCCGUCCGGAUCAUCAGAGCCGUCUAUAGACAUCCACAUUGCGAGAUUGGAACCAUCUCUAGAUCCUAUGAACGAGUUUACUCGUCUAGAUGAAGCGACUAAACAAGCAGAGGAGCAAGCAUCCGGUGCCAAAACGUCUCUUGACAAACCACCUUCAAAACUUCUACACCGAGAAAAAAACUCUUUUCCGCAAACUUUUCGAAAACAAAUUGCUAAGCCGAAAUGCAUGGAUCAACGUGAAAACUCAUGUGGAAAAAUUGAGCGGCCCUCAAAGAUGUUUCGUGAACACAGUAUGUCUCCGAUACAGUUUCAAAGGGCUAGAACGCCAGCUGACUCCUUAGACACUACCGCCGAUUCGAUUUCUCCUGAUAACAGUUUAAUUCAGGAUAUCACUUAUGAUAUCGUCAACAAAGAACGAAUACAGCCUAUGAAGAGUAAAAAGUUCACAUUUGGCUUGGAAAUUCCCACAACCGAGCCUUUGACAGUGGUUUCAACAACUUUCGAAACAAGUCCCAUUGCGCCUGAAAUGGCGUUGAACGCUUCGUACACCGUGGAGAAGAAUGUCUCCGAGGAGUCUCUACCUCUGACAUCGGAGCUGGAAGAAGACCACCCACGAAGCCCAUCGGUUCAGCUCAGCGUGAGUUUGCUUACCCCAAGCAACUUUGAGGAACCAGUUAAACCCGUACUGAUGGAUCUGUCGACGCUCAUCAGUACCUCAAUGGAAAGUGGGCAGCAAAUAGUGAAAUGCGUGGAGUCGGAGCUGAUGAGCUUUGUUUACCUUGUCGACGAUCAAACGGUCGUCGCGCUCGACAAGGCUCUCCAAGAACUGCCAGCUGGUGCCUGUCGGAUAACUCUGUCGUAUCGAGUUGAGCCUUUGGAUGGACCGGAUACACUACCAUUAGACGCGCGUAACUUGUGCACGCGUUCCCCGUGGCUAGAAGCUUCGUCAAGUAGCCUGUCAGCAAAUACGGUUGGAUCUCCUUCAUCGUGUUUGAGCGGUCGCCAUGGUCAAAAACCGGCAGCGAUCGUAUCGCCAAUGAAACCAGCGAUGAUUUCUAGGCUGAGUCAAACUGAGGUGCUACAUGGCGAUGCCUUGGAGGGCUACAGAUUGAUGCCUACCCGAUCCUCUUCGAACGUAGUGGAUAACCUUCGACUGGCGCUUACCACAUAUGCGGAGGUGGUCACAGUACUAAAAAGGCGCUUUGAUGAUUUCAGUAAGAAUAAUUCGCGUUCGACUGAAGCGCUUGCCAAAGAGUUGCUAACAGAGAAAACACGAAAUCACAAGUUGGAACAGAGCGUAAGUAACUUGGAACGUACAAUUCAGUCUACAAUGUCGCGUAUGGGGGAAAUUCGCUCAGCGAACAGCGAACUUCGUGAGAUUGUCCAGUCGCAACUGGAUAUGCUUACAGAAUACAAAACGCAGAUUGAGGACCUAACGUUUGAAAAGGAUCAACUGAUAACCGGCAAACGAGAACUCGAGGAGGCUACUGAAGAUACCUUGAGGCGAGAGAGGUGCUCACUGGAUAAGCAAGCUGCUCUUCUGCGGGCCCAGAUGGAAAUGAAGAACAUGGAAAUAGAGAGAUUACAGCAAGAAGCACGCAUUAUGCGCGAACAGCUCAGCAGUUGCCAAAAAGUGAUCAAUGAUCUUCAACAGUACUAGAACUCUAAGACUGCGCUGGAAUGGCAAGCAAAAUCAAUUGUACCAUAGUUUCAUGCCGCAGAUCGAAAUGACACAGAUAAAGCAUGUAAGUAUUUCAAUCGGUGUACUAGAAAGUGUUUUUUAUUUUACGAUUUCCACUGCAAGUUCUGUUUAUUUGUAACAGCUGCUGUGUGAGGGAUUAUAUUAGCUUGUCUGUAUAGAGUAAUAAUAGUGUAUGUAUAUAUACACAGCCCCAUGUCUAUAUAUCCAGAGCACAAACACAUAAUGUUGUUCGUUAUGAAUCUGAGUAUAUGGGUGUUGCUAGCAAGUUUAUAGUUUACGUGAAACAAACAUGGACGUCCCGAGGGAAAGAAGCUUAUUUACAAUUAAAUCCUCGUUCCGAUUCUCAGAACUGAGUAAAAGCUCAACGAAUCAUACCUGUCAUUUAAAGGCGACAAAAAAAAUUACAUUUUAUUCUAUCGUCGUUUACCACUAAAUCGAACCGACUGAGGAAAAUAAUUACGAAUCGUUUUACGCUAACUGUUAUAAAAAUUGAGAUCCUAACAUUAUAGAUCGUAGGUAUGAAGUGGUUUGCCGUGUCCUUCACGUUCGUCGAUUGCCGCAGAGCUCACUCAAGACAUCAUCAAAGAUGUCCGGCUACUUCUUCUACUGGCUAUUUAUCCACAAAACAACAGUGCAGUCAAACAUAAUUAGUAUAUAAUAUGAUAUUCUUUUUUGUUAUUUUAUUUCUGUUAUCAAAAUGAUCCAGGGUAUAUUUAGUGGCGAUUUUUCGUCGGUAAUGUGUAUGUAUAUAGGUGUGUAUCUACACGGAGCACAUCGAAUGUGGCCAAAUGCACAUUUGCUGCUAUAUACAAUAUAUAGGAAUACAUUAUACGUACUGAUAGACACGGACCCCCCCCCCCCCCGCCGCA